AUGGCGAGGAUGUUGAAGGUUUUGGAGAGGAAGUGCCGACAAGUUGAAAGGGUUGGGGUCCUUGGCUAUCCAAGAAGGAAAUCGGCAUGGGGUGUUAAAGGUGAGAUUAAAAAACUUGAGAGCACUGUCAACACUAUCAAACGUGUAAUUCUCGAUGCUGAGGAGCAGCACAACAAAAACCGAGAGGUAACAGCUUGGAUCCAAAGGCUCAAAGAUGCAUUUUAUGAUGCAGAUGACUUGUUAGACGAUUUCUUCACUCAACUUCGAUGGCAAGAGGUAUUAAGUCAAAAUAUAUUGGCAAACAAGGUACGGAUCUUUUUCUCCAAAUCAAAUCAAAUUGCAUAUAGUGUUAGAAUGGCUCAUAAGAUUAAGACUAUUAGGGAAAAACUAGAUGAGAUUAAAAAAGAUAGGCCGGUCCACCUUUCUGAGCGUCUUGUUGAAGAAGGAGUCAUAAAUAUAGAAAGGGAAACACACUCUUUCAUACAUGUAGAAACGGUAAUCGGAAGAGAUGAUGAUAAAAGUAAUGUUAUAAGACUUCUAUUGGACUCAAAUGAUGAUAAGAAUGUUUUAGUUGUUACCAUAGUUGGACUUGGAGGAGUAGGAAAAACCACACUUGCUCAACUUGUAUAUAAUGAUGAGAAUAUCAUAAACCAUUUUGAGUUAAGGAUGUGGGUGUGUGUCUCUAAUGAUUUUACUAAGAAGAUAAUUGUUGAAAAGAUAAUAAAAUCUGCAACUCGUAAAGAACUUGGAAAUUUUCAUUUGAACGAAUUGCAGGAAUUCCUUCGAAAAGAAAUUAAUGGGAAAAGAUAUCUGCUAGUUUUGGAUGAUGUAUGGAAUGAGAAUCAUAAUAAAUGGAAUGAAUUGAUGAAUCUAUUAAUGAAUGGUUCAAAAGGAAGUAAAAUACUAGUUACUACACGUAGUGAAGUAGUUGCUAAGGUUACUAGCAAACUUGAAUCUUAUGUCUAUCGCUUGAGAGGACUAGAUGAAAAAAAAUCUUGGUCUUUGUUUACCCAAAAAGCUUUUGAACAUGGGAAGGAACCAAAAGAUUCGAAAUUAAUAGAGUUUGGAAAAGAGAUUGUGGCAAAGUGUGGUGGAGUUCCUCUUGUCCUAAUGACAAUAGGACAAUUACUUUAUGGUAAUAAUAAGGAAGAUGAUUGGUUGAAUUUUAAGGACAAAGAAAUGUCAAAAGUGAUUAAAGAAGAAAGUGAUAUUUUACCAUUACUCAAGCUCAGCUAUGAUCAUCUCCCUUCAAACUUGAAACAAUGCUUUGCUUAUUGUGCAUUGUUUCCUAAGGAUCAUAAGAUUAAGAAGCAAAAAUUAAUUCAUCUUUGGAUGGCACAAGGGUUUCUUCAAACAUCAAACAAUGAAUGUCUAGAAGAUGUUGGUAAUAAGUAUUUUAUGGCUUUACUUUGGAAAUCAUUUUUCCAAGAUCCACAAUAUGAUAGAUGGGGCAAUGUAACCACAUGUAAGAUGCAUGAUCUUAUGCAUGACCUUGCACAAUCAGUUGCAGGAACUGAAUGCAUCAUGCAAACUUUUGAUAAGGUUGAACGUGUGGAUGUAAGAUGUCGUCAUUUAUCACUUGACUGUGGUGAAGUAAAACGAUCAUGGAAAUUUCCAGUUGUAUUAUAUAGUGCCAAAAAUGUAAGAACUUUACUUUUAUUUUAUCGAUUAAACUGGGGUUUCAACUUGGAUGGUGGUGAUGAAAUUUUAACAAGUUAUAAGUACUUACGAGCAUUGGAUUUUGGAGAGUUAAGGUUUCAGAAAUUGUUGAGUUCAAAUGGUGAACUUCUGAGUUUAAUUGUAAGUCAGGGAACUAUGCAAGCCAACAGAAAAGGCAAACACAGUGGGACAAAGGAAUUAAAUGGGUUGAAGAACUUGAGAGGAAAACUCAAAAUUAAGAAUUUAAAAUUUGAGGAAAGUAGCAAGUUGGCCAACUUAGAAGGGAAGCAAUUUCUUCGGUCUCUAACGUUGGAUUGGGGGAGAAGUGAUGAUGGAAAGGUUCAAGGAAUUGAUGAAGUGGGGAGAAGUGAUGAUGGAGAGGUUCAAGGAACUGAUGAAGUGGUGUCAGAAGAUGAUUUGGAGUACAUUUCAAAGGAAGCAAGUAAUAGUUCUUCCACAUUAUUAACAACAUUCUUCCCAUCCCUUGAGCAAAUCACCCUUUAUGAUUGUCCUAAAUUAAAGGGAUGGUGGAGGAAACAUGAUUAUGAAGAUACAGAGCUGCCUUCAUUUCCUUGUCUUUCCAAAUUAGAUAUCCAAAAUUGCCCUAAUUUGAUGUUCAUGCCGCUAUAUCCAUCUCUGGAAGAAUUAAAAUUGCUCCAGACCAGCUCGAAACCGCUGGAGCAGACGAUGACGAUGACGUUGAUGAAUAAAGGGGAACCAUCAACUUCCUCUUGCUUUUCUGCUCCUCUCUCCAAUUUAAAGUCAAUACUUAUGAUUAAAAUUUCUGAUCUAGAAUCUCUUCCAAUGGAUGGGAUGAAAAAGUUGACUUCUCUGGUGGAUUUGAAAAUUUUGUCAUGUCCAAAAAUUACUCAACUGGAUCAAGCAUUAAAAUUUCUCCCCUCUCUCCGAAAUUUGAAAAUUACAUCCCAUGAAGAAGGUGAGCUGGAAUGGGAAGGUAUUCGUGGUAUGGGUCUUCGUUACAUACCUGAUUGGGUUUGA